UUUUCUGUUCUUUCCAGAGGCAGAAGAAUGGCUAUUUUCCUCUCCAACAUCGCAGCUUCCCCACGAUUCAAGAGAAGUCCCCUCGAGACAUGCCUAAAUAGUACACGGAGGAGCGUCCGCGAUCCAUCAUUAGCCAUCACAUUAUCUCAGCGGCAGGAAGAUGUAUUGAAGAUUAUUAAGGAUGGUACAAGUAUAUUUCUGACAGGUUCAGCUGGAACGGGCAAGUCUCUUCUUCUUCGUAAGAUCAUCAAGUAUCUCCACUCUGUGUACGACCCCGGUCAAUUGGCCGUGACUGCAUCGACAGGCCUUGCAUCGACCAAGAUCAAGGGCACGACCUUGCAUUCGUGGGCUGGAAUUGGCCUGGGAAAAGCAGGGAGUAGAUUCUGAGAAUUCUCAGCUUAAAA